AUGACAGGGUUUGGCUCUUCAUGUGGAGCAUGCAAGUUCCUACGGAGAAAGUGCACAAGAGAUUGUGUAUUUGCUCCUUACUUCUCAUAUGAUCAAGCUGCAACCUCCUUUGCAGCAGUGCACAAGGUUUUUGGUGCUAGUAAUGUCUCCAGGCUCUUGUUACACCUUCCAAUGCAGAAUAGAAGUGAUGCUGCCAUCACCAUAUCUUUUGAAGCAUUGGCUCGUAUGCAGGAUCCUAUAUAUGGUUGUGUUGCUCAUAUCUAUGCAUUGCAGCAACAGGUUGCUAGCUUGCAAGAGGAGAUAGGUAUUCUAGGAAAUCUAAUGGAGAACACCACAGUUGGUGUUGAUAAUUGUUCAAGUGGACUGGUGAACCCAAACAACGGGUUAGAAUAUGUUUUGACACAAAAUGAUUACCAUACCUUGGACAGAGAGAUGAAUAGAGAGUUUCCUAAUGCAAAUGAGUUGGAAGACCAUUUAGAUCCCAACUCAGCAGAGAAGUUUUUGUCUGGAAUUGACCAGGAGUUCUUCCUGAAUCAUCCAUGGUUCAAGCAUAGUAAUGGCAUAAUAAGUUAG